GAACUUUUGGAGCAAUUGUUCAAGUUAUUCGAUCAAGACCGGGACCAGUGCUUAGCCCAAGAAGAUUGGAUAGAAUUCUUGAAGCAAAGAUUAAUCAAUGAAACACAGAUCGAUUUUGCAGAACAAUUGGAAAGUGUAGCCUACUGUUUAUGUGGAGAGAAACCUAUAUACUUAGAACAGUUUUAUUUGAUAUUUUUAACAAAGGGGAUUGUAGAUAAACUUUUUCGACUGAUAGACGAAGAGAACUCUGGCGUCAUUUCUUCUGAAGCUAUAAUGGAGUUUUUAAGUACAGUGACGAGUACGAGAUCUCGUUCUGGUUUUGAUAAGGGCAGCAUCGAUCGACUUGAACAAUUAUUUAGACAGACUGUGGGAGAAGGAAAGGAGAUUAAAAAAGAUGAUUUCAAAAAAAUUGUCGUCUCAAAAAACCCAUUUUUCACAGACAGAGUUUUCCAAAUAUUUGAUAAUGACAAUUCGGGAUCCAUUUCACUUCAAGAGUUUCUCGAUGCAAUGCACCAGUUUGCUGGACAAACACCAGAUGACAAAAUACGAUUUUUAUUUAAAGUAUAUGAUCUGGAUGGUGACGGUUUAAUACAAUUAAGAGAACUCCAACACGUCAUGAGAGCGUGUAUGGAAGAAAAUGGAAUGCAAUUUAGUGAAGAACAAGUAGCUGAUUUGACGUUGGCCAUGUUUGAAGACGCCGAUUCUAACCAUAGGGGCGCUAUUACGUAUGAGGCAUUAAAAAACCAAUUAGAAAAACACGGUGGACUAUUAGAAAAUUUAUCAAUAAGUAUCGAUCGAUGGUUGGUACCACCAAAACCGCUAAAAAGGACACCAGUUAUGAAGAAAAUUAUUAAUUGGAGGCCGUAUUAUUUAACAAUUCCUUAUUUAAAAAAUAACUAUGUAUAUUUAGCAUUUUUGUUAGGAUUCCUUCUAGUCAAUGCAGCUUUAUUUAUAUCCAGGGCAAUUCAAUAUGCUGGAUCCAAUUGGUAUACGAUAUUUGCUAGAGCUUGUGUUGGCCAGUGGACAAACCGUUUGUACGGAUAUUUUGAAAAAGAACAAGAAAAGCUUCAUAAUGGAGAAAUACCACCAUCUACACCUGCAGCACCCGUGAAGAGACUAUCAAAUGGAAGUAUUACUAAUAAUAACCAAAAUCCUCUAAAGAAACUUCACGCUACAGUUGCACGGACGUUAUCAAAUCAAAACAAAAAGCCUGCAAUACAGCUUGUUGGAUUUACCAAUGGCAGCUUUCAAAAUGAGCAAACUCCAAAAGAUCCCAAAUGUGAGACUGAAACCAAUUUUAGAGCAGCUUGUAGUACGGCAGAUUUACCAAAUUCGAGACCUAGAAAGUUGUCACCAGAAAAUAGACUUCACAGAUUCCUCUUUACUAACAAAGCACCUCUAGAAAAAUCUUUAUCAAUGCCAGAUAUGCAAACUAAGGCAAAAAGAAGAGAAAGAUUAAUGGUAUUAAGAGAAUAUAUGAGAUCAGAAUCAGAAAAAAGUUUUAAUGAGUGUCAAAUACGCAGAGCGAGACUACAAUCAUUGGGAUUGGCUUACCUGAGUCCACAAAAUAAGAGUUUGGCUCAAAGUUUUAGAUACAUGAGAAACAAACCGACAAUUAUAGCAUUUAAAACACCUAGCUUGGAAGACUGCGAAAAGAAGAACUCGACUACAUCUUUACGUCAAAUGGUUCGCCAAAUAAGUCAGAAAAGUUUUACCUUUUCUCCAGAACGACAAGUAGAAGAAGGUCAAGUGGGCUUGACAUUCACUGAUGCUACGUUCUCGCCCAAUUUGGUUUCUUUAAGACCAAUGAAUUAUCCAGUUGGAAAACCAUUGGAAGUAAGUAUAUUUAUACUUAUAAAGUCAUAA